GACUUGGGGUCUUGAGUCGACUGAGGCAGGGUGCGCGAAUUGGCCAUGGCGGAAACACCAUUAUCCAUAGAGUUGAAGACAACUCCACAGCACAUCUCCACCGAUACGUUUUCGCUGCCGCCUGUUGACAGAGGGAAAGAUGCGUGGCUCUUCUUGGCAGCUUGUUUCGUUCUGGAGGCGUUAGUAUGGGGCUUUCCAUUUGCGUUUGGUGUGUUCCAAGACUAUUAUCGCACACACGAGCCCUUUGCUGGGUCGUCUAAGAUUGCGGUCAUUGGAACCACGGCAAUGGGCAUCAUGUAUCUCGAUAUUCCCAUCAUCAUGGGCCUCCAGCGCAUGUACCCGAAACCGACCCGCCAUGCGCCUGCUGUUGGUCUUUUUAUCUUAUGCCUUGCUCUUGCCAUCUCUUCCUUUUCCCAAAACGUCACGCACCUCAUCUUGACCCAGGGAGUUCUAUACGCUAUUGGCGGUUCUAUCUGUUACUGCCCCUGUAUCUUGUAUAUUGACGAAUGGUUUGUCAAACGCAAAGGAAUGGCCUAUGGCACUAUGUGGGCGGGUAGCGGCCUUGGCGGUUUUACUAUUCCUCUUCUUUUGGAGUUUUUCCUCAACAAGUAUGGGUUCAGAACUACAUUGCGGAUAUGGUCUCUCAGCAUCUUUGUCUUGUCUGCACCCCUGAUCCUGUUCAUCAAGCCACGGGUACCUGCUUCUGGCACACACCUCAACCCUUUUAACCUCAAGUUCUUGUUAACCCCUUCUUUCGGCCUGUUCCAGCUCACGAAUAUUGUCGAAGGCAUCGGCUACUUCCUUCCGGGCAUCUAUCUGCCGACAUAUGCUCGUGCUGCUCUUGGUGCUGGCGAUUUCCCGUCGGCUCUGACGCUCUUGGUCUUGAAUGUCGGUGCAGUCGUAGGGUGCAUCAUCAUGGGCAGCUUGACUGAUCGUCUCCAUGUGACGACUUGUAUUGCAAUCUCAACCAUUGGCACCGCAAUCGGCACCUUCUUCCUCUGGGGCCUUGGCACCAACAUGGCGUCUCUUUACGUGUUCUGUGUCUUAUAUGGUCUGUUUGCAGGCUCGUAUACGUCAACCUGGCCUGGAGUCAUGCGGUAUCUGGUGUCGAAACUGAGCGGGUCAGGAGAAGAGGGAGGAAGCGGUGGCAGCUAUGACCCUCUCAUGAUCUUUGGCGUGCUUUCCGCUGGACGUGGCAUUGGCAACGUCAUCUCGGGGCCGCUGAGCGAGGCACUGAUCAAAGGGAUGCCAUGGCAAGGCCAAGCCGCUGCUGGAUACGGGAGCGGGUAUGGCACACUGAUAGCUUUUACAGGGGCAACGGCUGUUGUUGGUGGAGGCAGCUAUAUGUUUAAGAGAAUUGGGUGGCUAUAAACAAAAGUGUUAACCUCUUGGGGUAAUAAGUAGACCAGGAAUCACAUAGACUGCAGCUUAGUUUGCUAAAAAUAGAACAUGACAUUAAACUCGCAUAUAAAUCCUUUAUUUUCACCUCCGCAAGCCAUAGUAUUAACCGGUGCGGUCUGAACGACCCUUGCCUUUUGAAUAUAUCCGCCAUCAAUACAAAACUCCCAUCAACGUGAUAUCAUAACCCAUUUUCCCAACACCCGAUUUCGUAGGGCCCCACUAUGCAUCCGAACCUUGCCAAACCCAGCUUAUUCUCGUAGGAGUCCUGCAGCUUGAACCUGCUGGAAAAUCUCGAAUUCGUUGACUUCCGUCUUCGUACGCUUCUUCUCGACCCAGCGGCGGAGGCCUGGAACCUUGGAGGCAGCGCUCAAGAAUUCAUUCUUCAAAGGCAGUGAUCCCGUCUUCUCUUCGUACAUGAGCAGAGUAACCGUAAGUAUGAGGAAGAGCCAGUAAAUGUUGUAAGCAAUCACUGAGCCGUAUGUGCCGGUGUUUUGCCAGCCGAGAAUAGAGUUGAAAACAUCCCAGCCGUUGUCGGUUUCGGGAUUGCAGCAGUUCACAUGCCAGACGGUCUCGAGAAUGUUGUAUGAGCCGGGGCCGUUGCCUGCUUCAGCAACAUCGCUUCCGACACGCUGGGCAAAUGUGUGGUACUGCAGACUCCAGACGGCCUUUGAGAACAUGCCGGCGGCAAUCAGAUACAAGACGCUGGUUGAGGCAAUGAGGAAGAGCUGGAUUGACAUCAGGUUGCCACCGCGGUAGAUGAAGAAACCGACCGCGAGACCGGCGAUGAUGCCGCAAACGACAGGCAGAGGGAAGGCCGUCGCAGGCAAGCUGAGAGAGACGCCUCCGACAAAGACGACGGCCUCGACUCCUUCUCGCAGAGUGGUGAUGAAGGGCAGGAUGAACAUGACGUGCCUUCUAGACCAGUCGCUAAGCCAGUUCCUCGGCUUUUCAGCGUCGGCCGACUUCUCAGCCAAAGCCUGAGCAAUCUUGACACGCCAUUUGUCCUUCAUUUUGUUGAUUCUCAGCAGGGCAAGUCCCAUGAUGGAGACGAUGAUUGCGGCAAUCAGAUAAAAGAUGCCCUCCCAGAGAUCCUCAGACUUUGACCAGAUAUCCUUGCCAAGGCCGUAAAAGGCCCCGAUGAAGCCACCGCCAAUGAUGAGGCAGAUGACAAUACCAGCCGCUGAGCCAAGCCAUACCUGCCUGACCAGGCGUUUAUAGAUGGCCUGGUCCUGGCCUGGUCCACCGAGACAUUGUUUGAGGAAAGAGAGGAGGACUGAGAUGAUGAUGACAGCUUCCAAGCACUCUCGGAACACAAUGAAGAAGAUCUGGACGGCGAAGACGUUCUUCGCCAUUGUGUCUGUCUACACCACAAGUGAGUGGCCGACACUAGGAAAAGAAAAAGAAAAGUGAUGGG